AUGGGGAGUCACGGUUAUCGGUACCGCCUUUCUCCUGGUGAGUCCUCGCGUUCACCCAGUGAAGGAACGUCAAAGAGAUCACGAAUAUUAUGCGUUCUGCCCUGCACAGUGUCUCAGCUCCUGUCUGCCACCGAGCAGCAGGGUUCCUUCUUUAUACAGGGGACUGAGAUCAACCAGGUGACCGUGGUGGGUAUCGUCAGGAGAACUAAGCCGGCGGUGGCGUACGUUGUGUACUCCCUGGAUGACAUGACUGGACCUCCUCUAGACGUUAAACAGUGGAUGGAUCUCGAGGAUGCCAAUAUGAAUGACUGUGUGAUUCCUCCUGGCACAUACAUCAAAGUGGUGGGCAGCCUUCGCUCCUUUCAGAAUCACAGAUCCAUGGUGGCUUUCAGCACCUGCCGUGUGGAGGACUAUAACGAGAUCACCUCGCACAUGAUGGAGGUAGUUCAGGCUCAUCUGCUGAACGACAGCAGCUCGUGCAGUAUGAUGAAGAAAAAGGCCAUGACCUCAAUAAUGAGCCUGUCCCGUUCAAACGAAUCAACUUCCUAUGGCUUUACUGCCAAUCAGAGCCAGGUUUUUAACCUGAUUAAAAGCUGUCCUCUGGCCGAGGGCAUCAGCGUGCAGAGCCUGAAGACCUCGCUCAAAUAUCUGACCCCCUAUGACAUCAGGACCUGCUUGAAGUUCCUUAUAAACGAAGGCCACAUUUUCUCAACGGUUGAUGACGACCACUUCAAGUCUACUUGCGUCUAA